UGCGCACAAUUGGCUUAAACUAAAGCGCUGUGCGUGCUGGUCCUGCGGUGACUGAUUGGUGAAGGUUUGUGGAAAACAUGAAGCCGGAGCUGCGGGUGUGAAGGCAGCCUGCGGGGUCUGAAGGCAGACGAUGCAGCAGAAUGGAGCUCCCUCUUUCCUGCGGUGUUUGUGUGCGGGAUUAGCCGCUACUUAGCCGUGUGUGUGUAUGUGUGUGUAUGUGUGUGUGUGUGUGUGUGCAGACGCAGGGCGCAGCGAGACGCCAGUCAGGUGGAUGCGUCUGCAGUGAUCCAGGUCGCCCCUAUGGAUCGCGUCCAUGGAUGUCUUCAAACCCGCUUUGGACAGUAGUUUGAGUCCCAAGGCGUGCGUCCCCUCGUCUGAAGAAGCUGACGUGUUCCGCUGGCCCCCCCCGGAGGAUGGAAGCAGCGCCGCCAAGGACCCGCUCCCCCCCGGAGCACCGGGCUUCUGGACGGCCGUGUUCGACUAUGAAGCGACUGCGGAGGACGAGCUCAGCCUGCGGAGGGGAGACCUGGUGGAGGUCCUGUCCAAAGACUCCCUGGUGUCCGGGGAUGAGGGCUGGUGGACCGGCAUGAUCGCGGACCGGGUGGGCAUCUUCCCUAAUUAUGUGAGCAAAGGGAACGGCAUACCGGAGGAGAUCCGGGACACUCCGGAGCAGCAGUACUCAGUGCCUCCUCUACACCUCCUAGAGAUCGAUUUCUCCGAGCUGACCCUGGAGGAGAUCAUCGGCGUGGGCGGGUUUGGAAAAGUCUACCGUGCGGUGUGGCGGGGCUUCGAGGUGGCGGUGAAGGCGGCGCGGCGGGACCCAGAUGAAGACCCCGAGCAGACUCUGGAGAGCGUGCGUCAGGAGGCCAAACUGUUCGCCAUGCUCAACCACCCCAACAUCAUGGCCCUGCUGGGGGUGUGUCUGCUGGAGCCCAACCUGUGCCUGGUCAUGGAGUUCGCCCGGGGUGGGGCCCUCAACCGCGCCCUCGCUGGGAAACGCAUCCCGCCGUGCACGCUGGUGGACUGGGCCGUGCAGAUCGCCCGCGGGAUGCUCUACCUCCACAGCCAGGCCAUCGUCCCCAUCAUCCACCGAGACCUCAAGUCCAGCAACAUCCUGAUCCUGGAGCGGGUGGAGAUGGAAGACCUGAGCCACAAGACCCUGAAGAUCACAGACUUUGGAUUGGCGCGGGAGUGGCAUCGCACCACCAAGAUGAGCGCCGCUGGCACCUACGCCUGGAUGGCGCCCGAAGUCAUCCGCUCGUCCACGUUCUCCAAGGGGAGCGACAUUUGGAGCUAUGGCGUGCUGCUGUGGGAGCUGCUGACAGGAGAAGUUCCGUUUCGGGGAAUCGACAGCCUCGCCGUGGCCUACGGGGUCGCCAUGAACAAGCUGGCUCUGCCUGUCCCCUCUACCUGUCCUGAACCUUUUGCACGCCUGAUGGAGGAGUGCUGGAGCUCGGACCCUCACUCCCGGCCUCAGUUCACAGCGAUCCUGGACCAGCUGACGUCCAUCGAGGAGUCAGGCUUCUUUGAGAUGCCAGCAGAGUCUUUCCACUCGCUGCAGGACGACUGGAAGCUGGAGAUCCAGGAAAUGUUCGACCAGCUGAGGACCAAGGAGAAGGAGCUGCGCUCGUGGGAGGAGGAGCUGACCCAAGCGGCGCUGCAGCAGAAGUGCCAGGAGGAGGCGCUGAGGAGGCGUGAGCAGGAGCUGGCCGAGCGGGAGAUCCACAUCCUGGAGCGAGAGCUCAACAUCAUCAUCCACCAGCUGUACCAGGAGAAGCCUCACGUGGAGAGCAGGCAGGGCAAGUUCCGCCGCAACCGCCUUAAACUGAAGGACGGGAACAGGAUCAGCCUGCCCUCAGAUUUUCAGCACAAAAUCACGGUGCAGGCGUCUCCCUCUCACGAUCGGAGGCGGAGUCUGCUCAGCAGUAGUUCCAGUCCGCCGUCCAGCCCGGCCAUGCUGCCCCGCCUCCGAGCCAUCCAGCUCACUCCGGGUGAGGGCUGCACGGCGUGGGGUCGCAGCGGUGCGAGCAUCCUGCAGGAUGACGAGGAGGCCGAGAGGAAGGGGUCCAGGAAGAAGGGCAGGACUCGGGGGGGCGGCCCGUACAGAGAGCACAGCGCUGAUGCAAGUGUGAAGCCUCCCCACGAGGGCAGCAGGCAGCGCUCCUGCAGCGCCCCAAACCUCCGCAGGUCUCCCAGACACAGUCCAGCCGUGCCUGGGGUGCCAAGCCUCAUGGAGAUGGAAAAUGAAGACUGCUGCUUCAGCACGGAGCCGGGAGCCGCCCCUGGUCAGACCUACCUCUGCCUCCCCUUCCAGAAGGACUCCCACCCUGCUGCUGCUGCUGCUGCUGACGCCGAUGGAGAAGAGUACAGCCCCGGGGGUCAGGUCCCAGGUACCCCGCCCUGCAGGAAGAGCCCGGGCGGGGGCCGGCGGUCUGAGCUGGUCCUGCUGGGCUGUGGCGCUCUGCUGGCCGCCGUGGGACUCGGCUGUAACCCGCUCGCCGCGGCCCAGCCGGAGGAGAGCGUCAAAUCCCGAUGGGAGAGUUUCUUCCACCGAGGGGGGGGCCAGAGGCGGAGCACCAGCCCUCAGACUCGCAGACUGUUCCGGCGGGAGAGCCCGCUGAAGCCCCCGGCGCCCUCGCUGCCCUCCUCCUACACGCUGCUGUCCUUAUCCUCCGUGUCCGACUGCAACUCCACGCGCUCGCUGAUCCGCUCGGACAGCGAGGAGCUGGUGGUGUACCGCCCGGCCUCGACGCCUGUGACUCAAACGCCGGUCAACCCGCUGGUCAACACCCACCUGGAGAGCUUCAAGAGGAACCCGCGUCAGUCCCUCACGCCCACCCACGUUCCCUCCGCCCCCCCGAGCUCCUCGCGCGGCCUGAGACGAACGCCGUCAGACGGAGCAAUCAAGAAGAGCUGCCUCGCCAACAACCUGGAACCUUUACCUGAGAAGAUGGCGUUGGAGAACACGGGUGUCUUCAGAGGUUUCAGAGAGGACUGUCGUGAAGUCCCCCGCCUCCCCGAUCCAAACAUCGUGUUCCCUCCGACUCCUCGCCGUCGCUGUGCUCCUGAACGCCCUAAAACCCUCGACUUUGUGGCCCGGCCUCGGCCCUCCCCACGGGCGCUCUGUGACGUGUUCUGGGGGGAGGCGAGGCCACGAGGAAACGGAUUAAACCCGGGUAACGGCGAUUCCCCCGCCCACACGUCCAGCACAGAGACGCCUCCGACCGUGGAGUUUGGCGGUGACCCCGCGGCGCUGCGUACCCCGAUGGAGGCCCCGACGCCCUACUCCCCCCGCAAGAAGGAAAACCUGUUGGAUCAGUCAGACGAGGGUCAGUGUCGGGAUGGGACGGUCCCGCUCAGCUUCCCCAAAGACUCGCCGUACCGCUACAGACCGGGAUUCUGGUCCUGACUCGGCGCCCGAGUGAGAUCCGGCGCCGCAGAUCAGACGGUAACGAGGUCGGUUCAUCGUCGCUUAAACACAGGAAGUCAUCGUCCCAGAACGUUUCCACCUCCUGACAUUUGCUGCAUUACUUUUCAUGAUUUUAAAACUUGGUGUCUGAAUCUCCAGAAACAAACCAUGCAAAGUGUGUUUGACCCGCGUGGUCGUCACGGCAACAGAAUCACCUUUUUCUUUCUCAUCUUUGAAGACGCUUCUUUGGCGAGGAACAGAUGAACAGCGUUACGUUUUUCUUUUUUUAUAAUUUUUAAGCUGGAGACGUGCGUUUGAUGAAAGUGCACUCUGAGAAAGCGUCCUGAAUGUAAAGCUGCUCUGAUUGUUUAUCUUUACGACCCGCCCUCCUCUGCUCGUGGUCGAUGGCAUUUCUUACUUCCUAUCACCACGAUCACCUGCAUCGCCGAGUCGUGUCCCGGGACGGGGAUGUAAACUCUGAGCGAUGUCAUCUGGAGGUGUGUGUGGUGACCAGCUAGGAGACGGACGCCACUGCUGCUGACAGGAAGUCACAAACACGACCAUGAAAGGCUUCAUUAUCUCUCUUUUUAAACUCCGGCCUUAUUUAUAUUUUUGAUUUCUUUACAUAUUUUGGGUCUUAAUGACGAUCCAGCGGUUCAGACUCUCUCUGAUAAACCAGCAGCUGUGAAACACGCCGUGACUGCAGCCGAACACUACGGCGCCCUUUCCAAUUCCUCUGGAAUUCAAUGGAGUCUAUUUUCAAAGGAGCCCACUGCAGGCAUGCGUCAAGAAGGACAGAAUAAAUUGACCCAGACAGGAAGUCAGAACGUCCGGUCACCUUCAAAAUAAAACACAAUCUGCAGGUCGUAUAUUUCAUCACUUUAUCGACAUGACAUCAAAACAGGCAGCGUUGACGGCGCUCUGAUCACACUCCAGAAACAGACGCAGCGAUGCAUCGUCUGACGGAGUGAAACGCGGCGCUGACGGAGAACAGUGAGCACGGCCGCAGCGUCAUUUAGACCCAGAAUAUGAAAACAUAAAAACUGUCCCCGGUUUGUUCAAGCUGCUCGUUCUGAUCUCAAACUGUGAGCGUGCUCAGUGAGGGCAAGGUGACGCAGGCCCUGGUGGCGUGCGUCUGAAGGUUCACUCUUUUCUUAUUCAUAUUUAUUUUAAGUUAUUUAAUUUAUGUGAUGCUUUAUUUUUUUAUAACUCAACGUCUUUGCCUUGAUUUUCUGACUCUGUUGUCUCUGAAUGUUUGACCGUUGUUGCAGCUCACUUCACAUUUUAUUGAUUUAAAAUCAUCUUUGAGGGUUUUCACAUCUGAACUCCUGAUCAUAUCUCGAUCACUUCAGGAGGACUUCAGGAUAUUCUCCUGCCCUGUUUGUUCACACAUUUCUUAUCUGUAAUUUACCCAUGUUUGUUUGGACUCUACAUGUGUUAAAUGUUUAUUUUUUUUCAUUUAAAGGUCUCAUGUGAUGCUGAAUCCUCUUCCCCAUGUUCCUCUAACUCUAACAUGUGUCUCUAGUCCGUCUACAAACCCCCCAAUGAUGAGAAAAGUCCAU